AUGCCAGAAGCACAAGAACCUGGUGCCGCGCUGAUCAGCAACCGCAAGAGAAAUCACGAGUUCACUGCCGUACAGAGAGCUGCCAUAUGCGCCCAGAUAUCAGAGGGAAAGUCUUACCGUGUUGUAGCGGUCGAAUUCAACACUUCUUCUUCGACCGUCUUUAAUAUGUUCAAGCGGUGGAAAAAGAAUCAAACACAUGAGUCAAAGCCAAGAAAAGGCCGGCCAAAGAAGUCGAAGCCGACGCCGAUCGAGACGCCGACCGAGACCAAGAUCCAAUUAUUGCCCGAUAAUUCUUCGGUUUAUGUUGGCAAGACGGUUGGAGGAGACCUGUAG